UGACACAUAGGCAAAAAGGUCAGCCACGUGCAGUGCGCAUGCUCCACGUAACUACCACGUAAGCUUAAGCCAAAUGGCAUAUACCCUGAAGAUAUUAAAGCUCCCCGAAGCAUGGCUCGUUGUCCAAGCCAUGUCUCCAGCGCAUUGUCUCUCAAUCCACAUUCCAGCAGCGGCACCACUGGUUGUGGCAGUGGGAUUUUUCCUCCCAGGAGGAGCUUGCCUGCGUUUUCCAGCAACACUGGAUCAAUCUCCAUCAAGCAAGCGAGCAAAUCAACGAAAUGCCGAGAGCUGGCUGUGAGUGGAGCUGGGAGUUCUAUUGUCCAGGAAGAUGAAGGUGAGCCAAUCUCUCUGGGGACUGCCAAGCUUCCUGCUAAUGUGGACGUGAAGCUCCUCGAGGACUUGAUGUUUCAAUGGGGCAACAGCCUCACGCAAAACGCGAACUUCACUCUGGAGCUCCCUCUCAAGGUGGACAAAGUGAAAAAUGGAGUAAGACUGGCAUACAUACGAAUCAAUGAAGGAGUUGUCGAGGAUCUAGUUUACAUUGAUGUGCUAGUGCUGCCACCAAGUAGUGAAUCAACACAGCCUUUCUUCCUGGUGCAAAGGAGUGGCAAACUCAAAAACUCUGUCCCUCCUGGUGAGCCAGCCAUCAUGCAGAGCCUACUGCAAGCACUCAAAAAGUCAGUACAAAUUGCAACACCGAAUUGAGUGAGAUGGAUGUAAAGAUUAUUUCAAAAUUGUAAAAUUUCUCUCUUGAGAACUUGCU